GGAGGCUCCCAUGAGUUGCCACCGGAAGGGAGGACAUGGCGGCAAACGGCGAGGGGGGGAGCCCGAGGGUUCGCACCACCUCCGCACCGCCGCCCCUGUCUGCCGCAGGCCCAGCAACGGAGGCGAAGGGCGCAGAGGAGCCCGCCGCCAAGAGGGCGAAACUGCUGGAGAGCCUCGGCAAGGAGGAGUUCACGCGGGCCGUCAGGAUAUAUUACAAGGUUGUCAAGGAGAUCGUGUUGUCCGACAACCUUCUCAUCGAGCAGAGCGGGCAGAUCCGAAGAAUGGACGUGGGAGAGGUUAUGGAGGUCUUCCAAGGCCCCAUGCUGGACCCCUCCGUGGGCGUCUUCCGCAUUCACGGACGCGCCUUCCGCGACGGCAUCGUCGGCUGGGUCACGGUGGCUGGCAACCAGGGGGUCACCUUCCUGAUGCCCGGCGGCAACGUGUUCAAGGU